CCUUUUUUUAUGACUGCAUGGCUCGGGGUCUUUCAUUGACGCGAAAGAAGGAUGCACUCCAAUGGGACAUGGAGGGGGGGAUGAUGACGCAGCCAUCCGCCUCCCUCUCCUCCCCCCCCUCACCCCACCCUAUUCCACCCCCUACCUACGUGACAAGAGAAAAAGGCAAGCCUUUUCGGAUUCAUGGAUAAAAAACCGAGGGGGAGCUAAGUUUACAGGACGCAGGAAAAGUUCUCCGCAGACUAAUGCCCAUGACCGAGAAGACGUGAAAAUCCCCGAGAACUGAGCUGCAGAAGAAAACUAAAGAAGAGCUUCAUAUAAGGAACAGAGGAAGAGGAGAGGAAGGAGGAGAGAGGACGAGAGAGAGGGGGACUGAGAAAGAGAUCCUAUCUCACUCUCCCAGUCGAGGUUUGAAGCGGAUCGUGUCUUGAAACUGGUGAGGAGAAGCACUUUUUACGCAGCGUAAUAGUGGAGAGCGUGUGAGUGUUGUUAGAUUUAAACUUUAAGAAACACAAAGAUAAGAUUUGUAAGAAACUAAAAAUCACAGUUUGGAAGAGAAGCCACUUGAAUUCAGCUGAUUGUUGUUGUUUUACGCACCUGUGAACUCACUCCUUGUUUCUCUUUUGCAGCAGGACAAUGUCUAGUAAAGCGACUUUAGCCUUACUCAUCUAUGGACUCAUAAUGCAUUACAGCGUCCACUGCUCACCUGUGGGGCUUAGCUUUCCCAGUGUUAGGUAUGUACAUCCUUAUUUUCACUACUGGCUUAUGAUUUAUAACGCAUGGCACAGCAGGGCACAGGCUCAAAACCAUACCUACCUUAGAGUUUGUUAUGUCUUUAGUCAUAAAAGCUUAUUGGAUUACCGGAGAACAGAUCCAUAGGGCUGCUCGCUCAGAGAUAAUUGCGGGGGAACAUUCACCAGGGAGCGGUUGUAAGGUCAUUUAGGCUGGACAGGCAUUGAAGCAGUGUGUCAAUGUGUCCUGCAGCCAUUAACUCAUCGAUUUAUUCGAUUGGAUAAUUAAUUGGGGGGACAAUUUUGGCAGCAAAUUGCGCGUUUUAAACAAAAGUAUUUUGAAGUUAACUGUGGAUGUGACUUGUGAUAAAAUUUCUGAUGUGCAGUUAUGAGGAAUGAAGCUUAAAAGUUACUAAAACGAUGAUUUCAGUUUGUAGUCUCAUUCUCAGAGUUGUAAAUUGAUGCCUGUUCGUUCCAGACUGGACAGUGAGGUUUACGAUGAGGAUGGGAACUCUUUACCAUCGCUGGAUUACGACAGAGACCAAAUGGAAGUGAGGAGCGCUCCGUCUGUGGCUGAAGAUGUCUACUCUUUGUAUUUUCCUCAAGAGAAAAGGUGAGCUUCAUCAUCCUCCUCCUCAUCAUCAUCAGCUCCAUUUUAACCAAACUUUUAUUUUGAAAUAUCUUUGUUGAACGUCUCAUCAACUGUAGUCCAAUAUUUCUGUCUGUACGUCGAGCGUUUUGUCCGGAAUGUAUCGUCGAAAUGUUGUCGAAAACUUUGGACACUGUUGGUUUUUACGCGUUUUUAUUAUUUCACUAAAUUUAGGCCUUUUAUGUUGUAGCUGUAUUCUUAAGGGAGCUUAGUAGAUUAUGUUAGGAUGGGCAUGCGGAAACACCUUUACACAGAUAAAAUGAAAAACCAAAUAGGUGCAAAACUCUUAAUUUGACAUUUAGAACAAAUUCUUGAAAUAUUCAUCGACGUUAUAGGAUUUUUAGAAAAGGAGGCGAAAUAUUCCAGCUAUUUAAUUUCAAGAAAAUGCAAAAAAAGGAAAGAAAAUUUUAAAAUUUCCAAAUCUAUCCAGUUAAAAUUGUCUUAAGAGACCAUUUUUACGCCUCUACUUGAAUUCAUGGGUAUUUUUUUGCAGUGCAGCUACUUGUAAAUGUUGCUCUUGCGCUGGGUGUGUAGUGACUUUACUGUGUGGCUAUUAUCUAUCAUCCCAGAACGGAAAGGCAUGCAGACGGCAUGUUUAAUAAAGCCUACAGGAAAGCGCUGGGUCAGUUAUCAGCCAGGAAAUAUCUUCAUUCUCUGAUGGCAAAGCGUGUAGGGUAAGAACUCCUUUAUUUGUCGUCCUUUUCUUCUUUGCUGUUUUCUGUCCUUUGUGUGCUUUUUCUUUGGAUUGAUCCUUUAGGUGCUCAUACUUCACGCUGUUGUACAUACUGUGUGUGUUAGUGUUUGUGUGGUCCCAUUAAUUCCCAGCAUGCAACUAAAUCUGCUGUAAAAUCAUCAAAGGGAGCAGGAAAGGGCACCUGAUUGAUUGGGAAGUGGUGUUUUCUGUGCCCAGUGCUGCGACUGUAAGGCACAGGGGGCAGAAUUAGCCUACAAAAGCUUAGAUUUAUUUGCUUAUGAAUUAUGCAAAGGAUGCAGUCCCAGUGGUUCUAGGUGAAAAGAGGGUUGAGGGUGAUAAUUCAAUUAGUCUUGUCUUUAGUUAAACCUUUUACACCUUUUGCAGGUUGGAAAUAUGAGCCAAAUUGGACUGAAAUUGGCUAAACUUAAAAAGAUGGUUCUGGAUUGGAGGGUUACUUUUUUAAAGAGUCUGAUUAUCGAGGAAAAAUGUCUCUUAAUUUCUCACUUGGUUCCUUUCAGAUCUAUUUUAGCGUCAUCAUCUUGGCACUACACCCAUUUUCAGACACGGAAAAACCAUAAAACACACUCACAGGGAGAAGUGAAAGAUGAAAUCUGAUUGGUUCUGCUAAAAAUCUCCAAAUUAGAGCCACACAUUGGGUCGGAACAGAUUUAGGUUGACUGUUUUCUCCUGAGUUUUGAGUCAGAAGGCUCAUCAUCCUAACUCUACAGGUUUACAAACACACUCGGAGGCGAAAAUAAAAUGGUGAAAUGUUGGUUGUUUCCACAAAAAAAUGAAUCCUAACAGAAUUAGAGAGACUGAUUUUCCUGUUCGGUUUACUCAGCUUGAGUACAGGUUCACCAACUCUGCAUCACAGGUUUUAUAUCUUUAUGUAAACCAUGAAAAUGCACUCACAUGCUGAAAAUCUUUGGACUAAGGGUGCAGAUUUGCUCAUUACAAAGUAGGUGUUAUCUGAUUUUGCAGUUUUCAGGGUGUCCAUGCUCGUCUCCUCUGCUCCACAGGCUGUUCAUACACACUAACUGUGAGUGUGAGUGUAUCAGUGUAACGCUGCUCAAACCUCUCCUCUCCUCUCCUCUCUCACAGCGCGGGGAAAACGCUGGACGACAGCUCGGAGCCUCUAUCCAAGCGACACUCAGACGGGAUCUUCACAGACAGCUACAGCCGCUACCGAAAGCAAAUGGCCGUCAAGAAAUACCUGGCAGCCGUCCUGGGGAAAAGGUAUAGACAGAGAAUUAGAAACAAAGGACGCCGACAGGCAUAUUUGUAGCAUCCUCCCCCUCUCUCUCCUGACAAACAGAAAACUUACAUACGUGCAGCCCCAGGUGAAGUCAUUCUGAUCUGAACAAUCAGUGGAUCGCUUUUGUGUUAUCAAACAUGUAUUUAUGUAUGAAGUAAGCCAUUAAAAUGAAUAUUUUGAUAAUAAUAUUGUUUUUAUUUUUUACUUAAAAGCACUUGAGGACACACAUAUCUACUUUGUGGACCAAUUUUUUUGUUCAUUCAAAAAGCAGAAGAUAGCCUCUAUUUAUGUAUCCAUUGAUUGAUUUUUUUUAGACUUAUUUAAGAGGGGAGACAGUUGUUCCCAUGACGAUCUGCACCAACAGCCCUGUCUUUUAAACAUUCAGUGAAGAGAUACGAUUGUGAGGAAAAUAAAUAGUUUAAAAGACAAUCAAUGUAUGUGAAUGCUGCUUUUUGUAAAGUGACAUUAAGAGUUUAGUUGUCUCUAUUCACAACAGCCUUGAAGACAUAGGUUUUCACCCAAUCCUACAAGACAUAGACUUUGAUGCCCUCCCGGACGGGGAUGAGUUUGAGGCUUUUAUGGGAGAAUGGCUGAAACAGUUCUCUCCCGAAUUUCCGGUGAGUGAAGGCUGGCGCCGAAACCUGGCAAGGGGGGGGCGCCUCAUGUCCCUCUGUUUCUCCUCCUCCUCUCCACCUUUAACUCUUGUGAUCUUGCUCCAAACACUGAAACCCGACUCUUCUUCCACCUCAUUUGUGCUCCUGUCUCUCUCUAGAGUCUCACAGAUUUGAACCUUUAACCCCACCUAGUCCUAGUGAGCAGAACACCUGAGACACAUAUAUACAAAACAUAUCAUUCAUUAUUGACGAAAAAAGAAAGUUCGCAUUUAUCAGCAUCAUAACGCUAAUGAGAUUGUUUUAGCUGCACAAGACGACACAUGUAGGUCGAGUGACAUUUAAAAUCACAUUUUCCAACUUUUAAUCCCAAAUCUGAGAUGAGGACCAGAGUACUUCUGAGGUUUUUCUUGUUCUUUUCCUCCACAGUGUUUACAGAGUGAGCUCUCACACCUUUUGACUCAUGUAAAAGUGCCAAUCUUGUGUUUCUCUCAGCUGGUUUCCUCUUAACUCUGCUGUCCAUAUAAUAAGUAUCACUUAGAUAUAAAGCACCACCUACAGCAAAUUUGAAAAAACAAAAAGCAUUAAAAAAAAGAAAUGAUACUUGUUACAUGGGAUCUUCUCCAUCAGUUUUGGUGAUUUUCUGAGACACUUUGAACUCCUGUGUUUUGAACCUUCUGGGUCUAUUGUGCUUCCCCUUUUUCUGUCAUGUGAACCGAUGUAACAACUACCGUAGACUGCAUGAUUAAAGUAAUUGCACUAGCCACUGCAUCUGUGCAGCAACUCCAACCAGAUGUUUUUUGCUUUCUGCUUUCUGACUACUGCAAACAUACAUACCUAUACCUACCUAUCUGCCAUCUCUGGAUGUUGUUUUGUGUUCUGUUCUCCUCACUUUAACAUUUUUACACAAACUGUAUGUUGAAAUUUGUCCUUUUUUUAAGAAGAUUAUCUGAAUGUACUUCCCUGUUGGCGAGACUCCCUCAGAUUAAUGUCAUGCUUUAUCUGUUAGUGAAAAAUUUUGUGGUAUUUCUUUCUAUUAAAUUGGAAGUGUGGUGCAAAAGCUGCCAUAAUUGACAAUCUGAGAAACAUGGAGGGAAAGAUGCUAAAAUGAGCAGUUAAAGUGCUGAUUUUGAGAAGUGAGAAAAACCUAAAACAGGAGUCUGACCCCAUGAUAAAGAUUUGAAAGGUCGACCUGCACUUUGCUCACUAAAUUUGUAAAAAUUCAGCAUUUUUUGGGGAGAUAAAGCGCUAUUUUUCUUUCAAAAAGCAGAGAAAAGUUCUUCCAUUUCUGUUCACUGUUUCAAUCUUUUUUUAAUUUUGCAUUCUCCUCCAGGCUUUGUGACGCAGGAAGCAGUUUGCGGCUGUGGUGCCUUGCAUCGACUUUAAAAAUCGCCAUGAAUCACAGAUGGCUAUUUAGUGGCCCUACAAUGCUGCACAUCACCAGCUUACAUUUCACUCUUUUUUGUUGUUGUUGUUUUUUUUGUGUUUCAAAGACCUUCAAUAGGAUCUUUAGCAGCAUCCAGCUUCGAGGUUUCCUUUGCACUUUGUUUUAGAGCACUAGACGUUUUGUGAAAAUAAAGGGGAAGAUGAUUUUCCCCUUCUACAUGAACCAUUAUGUGUAUGAUAAUGAAAGCGCCAAUAGCCUUACCAAAAUAAAAUAAUCUUCAAAGAUAUAAAUAUAUAUUUACUGUGUAGAAAUUGAACAUUAGAUUACUACUUCAAAUGGCGAUCUGCAAGGGUCAAGUCAAUAAAUGUUUAAAAAAAAGUGUUGUAAGAUUUGUAUGAAUAAAUUUUUGUAAACAACAAAAAAA